AUGGCGAGCGUCGACGUCGCCGGAAACUUCGAGCCCCGUAGUGGACGUUCAAAAGUUGACAUCAAUUUCGCUGAAUAUACUGCGGUAGCCUGCUUAAUCGCUAUAUCGUGGUACAACUCCCUCGAGUUGAUCGUUCUGUGCUUCGCUACUUUUAAGCGAUAUGGCGGUCUAUACUUCUGGUGCCUGCUCAUCUCAUCUAUCAGCAUCAUCCCCUUCGGACUGGGCUACCUCCUCAUCAUCUAUGAUAUCUAUGAUAGCUACUUCUCGGUAGCGAUGGAGCUUAUUGCCUGGGUUGGCAUGGUCACCGGCCAGUCCCUCGUCCUUUGGUCUCGAUUACACCUUGUCUGUCAAAGUCGAAGCGUCCUCCACUGGACUCUGGCCAUGAUCAUACUAGAUACAUUCCUCUUCCACACUACCGGAUCAGUUCUCGAGUUAGGCAGCCAUUCCGACAAAUCUUACCUGUUUGAUAGCGGGUUUAACAUCUUCGAGCGCAUUCAGCUGGUGGGAUUCUCUAUUCAAGAGACGGUUCUCUCUCUCAUAUAUUCCUGGGAGGCUGUCCGACUGCUCAAUCUCCGACCCCGAGGCCAUUACCGAAGCACCCUCAUCCAGCUAUUAGUUGUCAACCUGGGCAUGAUUUUCAUGGAUGCCGCCGUGAUCGGCGUCCAAUACUCGGGCUACUUCGACAUCCAUGUCACCCUCAAAGCGAUGGUCUACAGCGUCAAGCUCAAGCUAGAAUAUGCGAUCCUAGGUAAACUAGUGGUGUUUACCGAAAAUGGCGGCGACAGCUCUACGCCCACCGACCUGACAGAUUUUGUCGACCUCACCUACCAUCCCAGCCAGCAGAAUACGGCUGCUGAGAGCGAGGCUCGACUCUGCGAUACCCCAAAGUCUAGUCCGGGACUCAGCAGCCCUGGGAGUCCACGGGGGCGCUUAUCGAGAUAUUUUCUCCAUCGUCCACAUUGGUCAACUGGGUCUAGCGCCCCGAGUGACAGUGCUAAAAAGGAGUCACUGAAAUGA